AUGCCUUUAGGUGAAAAUAAGUUUGAGGGGAAAAUUGUUGCAAUUCAGUGUCUGGAGACUGUGUUUAAGAUUAACUUGGAAGAUACUCAUCUUGCACCUCCACAGCAUUUGAUAGAAAUGUUCACAAAAUCUUUUCACAAGAAUGACAUGCUGCCUCUCUCAGAUUCUUUACCAGAGGAUGUUGAAAAGGCUGACCAACUGAAGGAUGAAGGUAAUAAUCACAUGAAAGAAGAAAAUUAUGGUGCUGCAGUGGAUUGUUAUACAAGGGCUAUAGAACUGGAUCCAAACAAUGCAGUCUAUUACUGCAACAGGUUGGCUCUGACCUCAGUGAACAAAUAUGAAGAAGCAGUUACCAGUUACCAGAAAGCACUGGAUCUUGAUCCAGAGAAUGAUUCUUACAAGUCAAAUUUGAAAAUAGCAGAACAGAAACUAAGAGACAUGUCCAGCCCUACUGGAACUGGACUGAGUUUUGACAUGGCAAGCUUGAUAAACAAUCCUGCCUUCAUUAGUAUGGCAGCAAGCUUAAUGCAGAAUCCUCAAGUUCAACAAUUGAUGUCAGGGAUGAUGUCAAAUGCCAUUGGUGGCCCUGCUGCAGGUGUUGGUGGCCUGUCAGAUUUGUCCAGCCUGAUCCAUGCGGGGCAGCAGUUUGCACAACAGAUACAGCAGCAGAAUCCAGAGCUCAUAGAGCAACUGAGAAAUCAUGUCCGGAGCAGAUCUUUCAGUGGCAGCACUGAAGAGCAUUCCUGACUUAAAGGAAGCAUGUGAAUUGGAAUAGUAUAUAACCCCAAAAUGCAUACCAUAGUUAGUAGCAAAAGCACCAUUGUAACUCUUCUGCUUGAAUAGAAGACAGAAAAUUCUUCGUGCGUGUUUGCAAACAAGAAUAAAUCUGUUAAACAGAUCUAUUGCACAUAACUUGGAACAUACCGUUUAUGUAUAGUUACUCCUCUGAAAAUUAAUACACUAAAUAGGUGGUUUAUUAAAAUCCCUAAGUAAUUUUCAGUAUGUGCAUUAGAUUGAUCUCCAGGGCUACUGAGUGGAGAGGAGUUCUGUAGUGGGCUGAUCUUGCAUAACAGCUUAAUUCUAAAAUCCUGGUGUAAAAGGCACGUUAUUCUUAUGGUGAAGAUCAUUAUGGCUGUAUUCCGGUCAAAUAUUGAAACACCAGGCCCAUUUGAUGUGCCCUUUUAUAAUGAGCAUAAAUGAGUGUUGGAGUAUAGAGUGUACUUAAAACUAAUGCUGGAAAAGUUUGUUUCUUUAAGCCUGUGG